CACUGUGCUUAGUCUGUCAUUUGUCCGUCAGGUGGCGGAUAAGUGUGAAGAGCAUAUUAGUUCACACUGCAGGAAGGUUUGGGGGUGAGAGCGGCAAGGAGUUAAGGAUUUUGUCGUUGUGACUGGAUUGUACCGAAUUAUGAAUAGCAUUAAGAAUGUACCCUCUAUUCUGGGCCGGAGAUCUGGGCACAACCUAGAGCAGGAGAGGGAGCAGUUUGACAGGAACCAGGCCAUCAGCAUCAGCAAGGCUAUCAAUACCCAGGAAGCUCCGGUGAAAGAAAAAACACGCCCGCACGCAAGGAGAAUCAUUCUGGGCACACAUCAUGAAAAAGGGGCAUUUACUUUUUGGUCAUAUGCCAUUGGUCUUCCUUUACCAAGCAGUUCAAUUUUGAGUUGGAAGUUUUGUCAUGUCCUACACAAGGUCCUUCGCGAUGGGCAUCCAAAUGUUCUGUCGGAUUGCCAGAGGUAUCGCAGUAACAUUCGGGAAAUAGGAGAGAUGUGGGGACAUUUACAUGAUCGAUAUGGCCAACUUGUGAAUAUUUAUACAAAAUUGCUGCUUAAUAAGAUAGCUUUUCAUGUAAAGCAUCCUGAGUUUCCACCCAACUUGGAAGUUACCGAUGACGUUCUUGAAAAAGCAGCUGGCACAGAUGUCAACAACAUAUUUCAACUCACUGUGGAGAUGUUUGAUUACAUGGAUUUCGAACUCAAGCUAUCUGAGGCUGUUUCCAGACAACUGAACACAGCUAUAGCCGUGUCUCAGAUGGCAUCAGGACAGUGUAAGCUUGCUCCUCUUAUUCAGGUCAUUCAAGACUGCAGUCAUCUCUAUCACUACACCGUCAAGCUUAUGUUUAAACUCCAUUCAUGCCUGCCUGCUGAUACCUUGCAAGGUCACAGAGACAGAUUUCAUGAGCAAUUCCAUAGUCUUAAAAACUUUUUCAAACGAGCUUCUGACAUGCUGUACUUCAAGAGACUUAUCCAGAUUCCCCGUCUUCCUGAUAAUCCCCCCAACUUUUUGCGUGCCUCGGCUUUAGCUGAGCAUGUAAAACCAGUGGUGGUCAUACCUAAUGAGACACCGGACGAAGAGGAAACCCAAGAGUCUCUGGUAGAGAUAAGCACAGCUCAGCCAGUGGAACAGCAGGUUGUUGAAGAACUGUUUCAACAAAACUUGGAACCUCCUAAUGGAUUUGUAAAAGAUGAUAGGGAUUUCCAAAUUGAAAAUCUAAAGAGAGAAAUUGAAUUACUUCAGGCAGAGCUAGAGAAGAUAAAAUUGGAGGCUCAAAAGUACAUCAUGCAGCUGAAAGGUCAAAUUAACACUUUGGAGGCUGAAAUAGAGGAGCAGCGUAAACAGAAGCAGAAAGCUCUUGUUGAUAAUGAGCAAUUGCGGGAUGAGUUGGAGAAGCUAAAAAAGCAAAAGCUGGAAAGUGACAAGACCCAGACACUUUUUGUAGAAUCAGAAAAGAAAGUGCAGGCGACUGAAUUACGUUACAAUAAAUUGAAGGAAAAGCACAAUGAGCUUAUCAACGUCCAUGCAGGACUUCUUCGAAAGAAUGCUGACACUGCAAAGCAGCUAACAGUAUCACAGCAGAAUCAGGAAGAGGUGGCUCGUAUUAAAGAACAGCUCGCAUUUCAGAUGGAUCAAGUGAAGCGUGAAUCGGAAAUGAAGUUGGAAGACCAGAUGUUUCAGGUUGAACAACUGAAAGGAGAAAUAGAAGCCAGGAACCAAGAAUUGGCACAAGUUCAGCAGUCUCUUACGCAUUUUGAACAGUCUGAAUCGCAGCUUAAUUCACAAUUGGCAUCAUUGGAAGCUGAGAAAAAUUCCCUGCAGAGCUUGUUGACUAGCAAGGAGACAGAGCUUUUGUCUGUCCAAAAUGUGGCCAAUGACACAGAAGCUUUAUUCAAUCAAGAGCAAGAGAAAAAAGCAGGUGAAAUAAGGGACCUGCAUGACAAACUCGACAAAAAGAUUGCAGAUGAGCAAAAGCUUCACCAGAAGAUGCUUCAAGACCAGUUUAACAUUAUUCAAGAAACUGUGAAAGAGGCAGAACAUAUUAUUCAAGAUGCAGUUGCAAAACUUGAUGAUCCUCUACACAUAGGCUGCACAAGUUCACCUGAUUACCUUGUCAGCAGGGCACAGACUGCGUUAGAAUCUAUAAGUUCACUUGAAGAUGGACGUACUAAGUAUAUACAAAACAUGACUGAUGCCUCAAGCCUGGUGGCUGCACUUGCCCAGUUUGCUCACUUAAUGGCUGACACAAUUGUUAAUGGUAGUGCAACUUCUCACACAGCACCACCUGAUCAUGCAGAUCGACUAAAUGACAGUUGCAGAGAAUGUGGAAACCAGAGUCUAUACUUUCUAAAUGGCCUGAAGACUAAGGAAACCCUGAAAAAUGCAGAUCUAGAAGAAGUUCGAAAAACAUUACAGAAUAUUCUUGGACUGGGAGAGGAAUUGAGGCCCAAGUUUAUGGAUAUCAAACAGGAAGAAUUAGGGGACAUGGUUGACAAAGAGAUGGCCUCAACAUCUGCUGCUAUAGAGGAUGCUGUACGGAGGAUUGAGGACAUGAUGAACCAGGCUCGUAAGGACAGUUCUGGAGUGAAGCUUGAAGUAAAUGAGAGGAUUCUAAAUUCUUGCACAGAUCUGAUGAAGGCUAUCAAACUUCUGGUGAUUACCUCUACUGAUCUGCAGAAGGAGAUUGUGGAGAGUGGAAGGGGGGCAGCAACACCUCAAGAGUUCUAUGCUAAGAAUUCUCGUUGGACAGAAGGACUGAUCUCUGCAUCAAAGGCUGUCGGAUGGGGAGCUACACAGCUAGUGGAAUCUGCAGAUAGAGUAGUCCUUCAUAAAGGCAAAUAUGAAGAACUGAUAGUGGGCUCCCAUGAAAUUGCAGCCAGCACAGCACAACUUGUUGCUGCAUCAAAGGUCAAGGCAGAUAAAAACAGCAAAAAUCUUCCAAAGCUCCAACAGUGUUCUCGCAAAGUGAAUGAGAUGGCUGCUAAUGUGGUGGCUUCCACAAAAUCAGGACAACAACAGAUAGAAGAAAAGGAUACCAUGGACUUCUCUGGUAUGUCUCUCAUUAAGCUAAAGAAAGAAGAAAUGGAAAGUCAGGUUAAAGUACUUGAGCUUGAAAAUAUGUUGCAAAAUGAAAGGAUGCGUCUUGGAGUGCUGAGGAAGCAGCAUUAUGCUCUUGCUGGAGUAUAUGAGGACAAUGCGGAAGAAGUAAAAUCUGUGCCAGCUCAGAGGCCUGGUAUACUGAAGAAGCCACAGCUCCCGCAAAAACCCAACAUUCAGUCUAAAGCAGAUUACAAGAUCGAUAAAGACGAUGGUGUGUAUCAGGCAAAUUUGAUCAACUUCUAGCCUGCAACAAUGGCCUUACAAAGACAAUAUGUCAUUCUCUCAUACAACAUGCACAUUCACUAUAGAUUCUUUUGCCCGGGAGUUCAGGGAAUCUUGGAAUGCUGGUGGUAUUUCAUUACAUCUGUGUUCUAUACAGAUAGCUACUGUAAUCAUUCUGAUGCCUUCUGGUGAAAACCUCCACAGCACAUCGCUGCUCAUUUAUACUGUUGUGUAAGAGGGAACUGCAGUCAUUUUUAUUACAUUUAUUUUUUAAUAUAUAUAUGUCUAUUUUAUGCCGUCUAUAUAAAAGGUUUCCUAGGCUGCAGCAUUUCUCUAAUUCUCAUUUAAGUGAUUUUGAUUAGAGAUGAUCAGCCAGGGAUUUGUUUUUAUUUACACCUUGCAUUUUAAAAGUGCCCACAGUCCUAACCCUUUUUGUAAAAUGUAGUCAUGUAAUCUUGCAACAAAUCACACUGGAUUUUAUAGUCCUUGAUAUCAGUGGUUUAUUUCAAACCAAGUUACAACUUAACACAGUGAUUGCAAACUCGUUAGUAAUCAUGCAUUGUAGAGGAUAAUUCUGUUCACAGGCUUCACAUUAUGUGACUUAAACUUUGUUACUUUUAGCCAGUUAUAAAGCUGAGUAAUAUGAAUGUUUUAAAAACAUCAGAUAGUUCAAUGGUUAGUGACAUUAUUAUGUCUCUACUAUAAAUUUAUAACCUAAGUCAUCUGUACAAAAGUAAACUUUUUCACCUGUAGGAGACAUGUUAAACAGUAGCAGCAUUUAAAGCCACAGUCUACACAAAAGUUUAAAUUUCUAAAAAGAUAGAUAAUGCCUUUGCUACCCAGUCCCCAGCUUUGCACAACCAACAUUGUUAUAUCAAUAUACUUUUUAACCUUUAAACCUCUAAAUGUCUGCCUGUCUCUAGGCCACUACAGACCACCUCUUAUUUCAGUGCAGUUUUAGCUUUUCGCUGCAGGACAUUGCUAGUUAGCCAUAUAGAUAACAUUGUGCUCACUCCUGUGGAGUUAUUCAUGUGUCUACACUAAUUGUCUAAAAUACACGUCUGUAAAUAGCACUGAGAUAAGAGGGCAGUCUGCAGAGGAUUAGAUAUAAGGUAAUCACAGAGGUAAAAAGUGUAUUAAUAUAACAGUAUUUAUUGUGCAAAACUGGGGAAUGGGUAAUAAAGGGAUUAUAUAUCUUUUUAAACAUUAACAUUUUUGGAGUAGCCUGCCCCUUUAAUACUGUGUUGUGGGCAUGCUCCCUUUCUAAGCAAAUUUGGACAAUUUAACUUUUAAUGUCUUAAAAAGACAUAUCUAUAGGCUUUAAAGAUAUCACACUAAAUCUUUAUUUUUCUUUAAUGGCUAAUACAGUGCCACACGUAACCUUCUGAAAUCAGAUGACUUAACUGUAUCCCAAGCAAAGUCUACUGUAUUUUAUUAAAAUCACUGUCUGUCAUAUUUAAUUGUAACAUAGGAUACAUAUAAUCUCCCAUUAAAAAGACUGAAUUAUGUUUCAUAAGUGUCCCUUUUUAAUUCUGUUUUUCUGUAUUUGUAAACCGUAAAGUAUGUCUUCAUGAUGCAUUGGUUUUAAUAUUUUUUUAGUAGAGGUGAAUAUUAUGGCCUUGAUUGGCACAUCACAAAUGGGGAAAAGGUGUGGAAAUUAGUAAGUAGCAAAGCUGACUAGCGGAUCUUCCACUGGUUAUAAAAUGCACACUUCAUAUGUUUAUAGUUCUAUCGAUAAAUCAUUAUUAAAAAAAAAGAGAUUUAGUUUUAUGAAUUCUGAUUUAUGUCUUAUGUUCAGUGUAGUUUGUACAUGUCGUAUAAAUUAAACAGUAAUACCUUCUUAGGACCAAUUUCAUGCCACGUACAAGAGUUUACUUAUCACCAGGACUAGAAUACUUGUAGGUACAAUAGGUCACUGUGCUGUUCUAGAACAUCUUAUACUCAACAAUAAAUUAUUACAAAAGAAGUAGCCUAAGUAAGUUUUUUUUUUUUUUUCUUCCAAUAUUUGGGCCAGUUGAUCCAAUAAAUAAUUUCAUGAGAUUUGUGCAUGUUCAUCCGACAUCACUAGUUUAACAGGCAUAAUUCAUAUUCUUCCAAUUGAACAGAAUACUUGGGGCGCAUUUGCCUUAAAAUGACUAGUUUCAGUGCUUCAUCUUUUUAGUAUUCUUACUCUACAUUUGUUUUCAUGAUAAUCUAGGCAAUUGAUUUGGAUAUUCCAAAGUGAAAUCUGUGUGUUGCGUUUGUCUAGGUAUGCUUACCAUGCCUAAGAUGUAGGUGCUUAAGGGGUUGUAUGAAAGAACAUCUGAAGGAAUGUUUGUUUUGUAUCUUUGUUAAUGUCAAAUAAGCAAUAAAAUGAUAUAAACAUCCA